AUGACGUUUGAAAAACAUAAUACUAUUAAUUGUUCACAACAUGAAAUGAAUUCACUUCAUUAUACGAAUUCCUCUCACAAUAAUGAAGGCUGUAACAAUGAAACACAAAAUUGCGACGAAGUCAAGCAACAAAUUAAUACGAAUAAACCUAAAUUUCUUCCGGAGAAUGUUAAUUGGGAUGGAAAUGUUGAGGUAGCAGAUAUCGAUUGGAGCGUGUCGUUUAUGAAGCCGUCAACCGGGCUUCCUACUUAUCCUAUCAAUAUGAUUGACUUCUCGGAUGGCAAAAUACGUGAAAGAGAUAUUCAAUGGCCAGAUAACAAUGAUAAUCUUGAUAACAAUUUUCAACAAAAAAAUGUCAUUGAACCUUCAAUAUCUAUGGAAUCUUCUGUUGAACCUUCAAUAUCUGUGGAAUCUUCUGUUGAACCUUCAAUAUCUGUGGAAUCUUCCGUUGAACCUUCAAUAUCUGUUGAAUCUUUUGUUGAAUCUUCGAUAUCAGUUGAAUCUUUCGUUGAAUCUUCAAAAUCUGUUGAAUCUUUCGUUGAAUCUUCAAAAUCUGUUGAAUCUUUCGUUGAAUCUUCAAUAUCUGUUGAAUCUUUCGUUGAAUCUUCAAUAUCUGUUGAAUCUUCCGUUGAACCUUCAAUACCUGACCUUGACACUACAUCAAGUGCAAUAAUUGAUCUGGCCCAUGAAAUUAAAUCUAUUGCCAUCAACGAUGACGAUAUAGAAUUCAGUGAAAUUUGCACGCAAGAAGUAACCCAUAAUUCGAUCAAUGAUGUGUAUGAUUUAUAUGGUGAUUCUGAACAUUCAGAAUUAUUCGGAGACUCUGAACAUUCAGAAUUAUAUGGAGAAGAUAUCCAUCAUGUUAAUGAAACAGAUAGUUGGUCAGAAAGUUCACAUACGCUACAAACCAAAGAUGUUCCUGAUCAAAAUAAUUCCGAAUCCAAUGCCGUUCAGUAUAGUUCUAAAUCGAAUUACACUAUGACUUAUUAUAUCCGACGCCGACGUCGUCCACGCAGUUAUCUAGAGCAACGUAAAGAUCCAAGAUAUAAUCCUGAUGCAAAUCAUUGGAAGAGUGAUGCGGAUUAUUUAUCAUUUGAUGGCCAAGAACGGAUUGAUCCUGAAAAACGAGAAAACGAAAAGUACGAUGCUGUUAUCCAAGCUGCAUUGGACGCAUGGGGAGCACAUAAGGAUGUAACUAUGGACGUUUUUAAAACGAAGCCGACUAAGGAUAUGAAAAAGUCAAAUGCCAUAAUAUUUGAAGAGGACGAUAGAGGUGAUAUAGUACCACCGAUUGUAUUAUAUAAUCAGGACUUACCACCGAAAGAAACGCCUAGAUCAAAGUCCCCAAUAAUAUCUCCUCAAACGUGCCCAGUUGAUUCUUCAUCAUCUCAGUCCGUUGUUUUACAUCAAUGUUCUCAGUCAAAAGCGACAUCAUUGCCAUUCGUGUUUCAUGGACAAUCUUAUGUAUCUCCUCUCCUCCAAGCCUUAUAUGAAGGCAAUAUAGCUCAAGCCAAUUCCGUUGCAAAAUAUCUCGAUGGGUUUAAGAUUGAUUUAUCACCAAUUCUUUCUAUUGAACUACCUGCCGAUAUUGAAAUCGAAGUUAGGCAGAAUAGCAAGUGGCCGGCUUAUUAUGCAGAUGUAGAUAAUCUUCAAAACGAAAUCAAUACAUUGUAUAAUCGGCAAAUAGAUCAUCUAAAAGAUACGAGAAUCGAUUUAUUGAAAAGAAUAAAAGAACGUUUUACUUUCAUGUCAGAUUAUUACUUUCAUCAAUCAGCUCAUAAUCAUUUCAAAAAGCAAUUAUCGCCACAUAAGAGCAGAAAAACUAAUCAUACAUCAAGAGAUGUUGAGCUGAAGGAUUUAAUGAAUUGGCUAUUGAGUGACAAUAAUACAAAUGAAUCUCUUACUCAUAGGCCUUUUAAAUUUUCUUCAAAUAAAAAACCUUUACAUGAAAUUUUAUCUUCAAACCUGGAGAAUCUUUUUGCUGACUCUUCAACUGAUCUUUAUUCAAAAAUAAUGUUUUCAUCAAUCGAAGAGUUGGAAAAGAAUUUGUCAUUUGAUGAUGAUGAUUCUAAUGAUCUCGAUAAUAUUUACUCUCCAAACAUUGAAGAAUCACGAUUUAUUAACAAUUUAAUUAAUCGCCUGCCUCAAGAUCAGAAGUUUCUGUUUGAUGAACAAAACCAAUCUGAGAGAUUUCCAAAUGAUUUGAACAAUGACAUUGAUCAAUUUUGGCAUUACGUUACUAAAGAUAUUUGGGAUAUUCAGAAAAUUCGGAAAAUAUCAAUAGAUGAACGUAAAUUAUAUCGGCAUAUGUUUAAUCGAAUCGUAUCCAACUAUUACGAUCCGAUUAUAACAAACAUUUACACCAAUGCCAUCGAAUUAAACAAUAAUAUGGAUGAGAAACGAUUACAGAAAUUAUCCGAAGUUAUGAAAGGUGCCCCGUGCCUUAAAAAAUUAUUUCAUGAUUCUUCACCAGCGUCAACUCCUGUUUUUAUAGUGGAUGAAGCAUCAGAAAUACCAGAAGAUGAAAUUUCUUGCAUUAUUAAUGAUCAUGAAAACCUUGAACAUUUAGUUAUGAUAGGUGAUAUGAAUAGACGCUGUGGUAAUUCUUUAUUUGAGCGAUGGAUUUCAAAUGGUG